AUGAGCUUCGUCACCCGUCGGGCACUCUCCACGCUCAUUCCCCCCAAGGUCGCCUCCCCCAAGGCGAUCGGCGGUGCCCCCGAUGCUCUGCGCAUGCAGCGCGUCGUCAGCUUCUACGAGAAGCUUCCCCGAGGUGCCGCUCCCGAGACCAAGUCCCGGGGCCUUCUCGGCUGGUACCAGGCCAAGUACUUCGGCAAGAAGACGUCCGUUCAGCCUAUCAUCCACGCCCUCGUCUUCCUGGUUGGCAUCGGCUACGCUCAGAACUACUACUACCACCUCCGCCACCACAAGAACAAUGCCCACUAA